AUGAGCAGCAAGGGUUGUAGUUAUUACUCAAGUGGAGGUUCUUCUGCUACUGCAUGCAGUUCAUUUUGGGGUGAUAGAGAUUUGAGCGGCGGUGCCAUUGCUGGUAUUGUGAUCGGUAGUAUCGUUGGUGUACUUAUUAUUGUUUUGAUAGUUAUUCUUAUUAUCUAUUGCGUCCGACAUAAUCAACUGGCAUCACCUGUCAAUACACCACGACCCGAUUGGAUGAAUAAUCAACAAAUGCAACGAC